AUGUGUACCGAUAUUGAUUUUCUUCCGCAUAUUAUGGUUAUAACAGAGAAAGAAUUUAUAUUAUCCAAUGAAUAUGAUCGUAGGAAUAGUUCAACUCCAUCCAUGACAUCAUCGUCUUCUUCAACCACAACCACAACAACAAUAACAACAACAACAACAGCAACAACAAAUUCUACGUCAUGGAUUGAACGAAAAUUAUUUAGUCAUUUUAAACGUUUAUUUCGACGAAAUUCAUUUUCUUCGAAAACAAAUUCUUCUCAAUCCAGUCGUCGACCAUCUUGUACUAUUGAGCAAGGUAUUGAAUCAUCGUUCGAUGAACAUUCUAAACAAACAAACGAACAUGAACAAGAAGAAAAUAAAGAGCAUGGCAAUCUCCCUUCUUCCUCCUCUUCGUCGUCGUCGCCGUCUUCAUCUCCAACUCCUUCUCUUUCUACAAUUUCAAAUCCAAUCAGUGAACAGGCACAAUCAAUAACAAAUAAUUCUAACUCUAUUGAUUUACUAUAUGACUAUGAUCGUCUUCUUGCUCGUUGUCUCGAACGACAAAAACGUGAUCUAAGUGAAAUGAUAUCACGUUGUCAAACACCUAUUACAAUUCCACGUGCUGAUUUAAUUGUUGGUCAUUCACGUUCAAUACUUGUUAAUUGGAAAUCUUAUACACGUUUAUUUCGUGCAUUAAAUCGUGAUCCACAAUUAUUUCAACAAUAUAUUAAUCAGUAUUAUGCUUGUCAAUCAUCAACAAAUCAACGUGAACAAUUAAUAUUUAAUGCUCGAACAACAAGAACAACAUUUGAUAACGUAUUAAAAGUAUUUCUUAAUGAAUAUGUUACUUGUUUGGCAUGUCAAAAAGCAGAAACUCAUUUAAUUAAAUCAACUGGUUUAUGGCGAAUAGAAUGUCAAUUAUGUGGCAGUCAACGUUCAGUUAAACGUCUUAAAUGGAAACUGUAA